CUGUUUUUAAAAGCCUCUCCUUCACGUCUAAACGUUCGGAACUUUUUGGGUGAGGAGUGAUUUGGAAAACGGAGCAGAUGUGCACGGAAUCGCAGAAUAGUGGACGUUGACUGACCGUUUUAUUCUAUUCAUUAACUAUUUGUUUGACCCAUCUGCAAAAAUAUGGAGUUUUCCGAUUGCAUUUCAGCAGCAGAGCCGACGCGAUCAUUGGCGAGCGGCUUUCCCGAGUGACAGCCAAAAAAAUACUUGCGGUACAUUUGAUGGCGGAAAAUGUGACAAUAUGGUCUGUUUUAGUCAACCUCCAAGCGUCGUGUUUUUCUCCGACGAAUCCAUCGUCAAAUUGGUGUCCCAUCGCCAUCCAAAGUGAGACACCAGGCAAUGAACUUCCGUGCAACGGAUCAAGUCAUGAUACGUGCUGGUCCUGCGAACUGCCGACAAGAAGUUCGUGCAACAAGUAUGCAAGCAAUUCCAGCUACCUUGAAACCAAAGACUUUGGAGGGAACCCAAUAGGACUGCAGCUGCAUACACACAGUCAAAUGGAUUUCCAUCCUCCAUAUUCAGCUGUGAGAGCUGUUUCUUCAUCUGCUUCUCCUGAACCAUGGGCACAUUCCCUCUACAAACCCUUGAUUCACAUGAAAGCCAUUUUACAACCUCGAGAUCGCAGAAGCUCACUCACUAGAUACGAUCCUGGUCACACUCUUCCUCAGUUUCAGAGUUUGACGCCACCAGCAGCUUUUAAGGUCAAGUUUCACAAGUGUGCACAGGUGCUGGCUGAAGUGGACCCACCACAGUUGACAUUCUUCCUGCUGAUUCACAACCUAAGCCCAGUGGGUGGCACUAACCUCUCUCAGGUGGCCAUCCGGGACUCCAUAUUUGGGAUAGUACCCCUAAAAACUGAAGGCAGGGUUGUGGAGAGAGGAUACCAAGUGUUUACCAUUGAUGCUUUAUCUGCUGGAUCCCAAACGAUUCUCAAUUAUACUGCACAAAUAAGAAGUCAUAAGAGUGGAGUUCUGGACCUACCAGCUUUUCUCACGUUCUCUAACUUAUCACAGAACGAUGUCAGCAUGUUUGGUCCCUUGACGGCUAAUCUGUCACUGCGUGUUAAUUCCACAGACAGGAUUUAUCCAAACCAUGGUGUGCACUUUGCUGGAUUUGUUGCUGGGUUCUUCGUUGCGUUGGUGCUGCUGUUGCUGGGCUUUUUAGCCGUUCACAUGAUUGGUCCAAGAACCAGACUAAACAUUCUUCAGCAAAGGAAAAACAGAAGCGACCCAGACCCAGAGUAUGCAGACUGCAACAUAACAGAGACUGUUAAAGAUGAGGCAACCUUUGAAGAUAAGAUUGUUGACAUCAUGGUGCUAGAGGAACCGCAGAACAUGAAUCAGGCGCUGGAGAAUCUUGAAAUGUCCACACUGCUUCACGCCACCAACAACUUGGAGGCCACUCGGAUUCAGAUCUACAAGGAUGUUCUGUCUGUCCUCUUGGGAGGCCUGCGGCAUCGCGGCCAGAUCAGCCUCCAAGCUCAGCAGAGACUUCUCAGUGUGCUUCAUGGCCAGCUGCUGGGUAUGGAAGGUCGGCUGAAGGAGGAACGAGGCGCUCGUAUGGCUGCGCUUGCAGGCAAGUGCAACCUGGAGACCCGUGAGGAGAUGGAAGCAGAGCAUCGAAGGGAAGCUGCAGAGAAGGCCCAAGCUGAGCUGCUGUGUCAACAUGCCGAACAACAGGAGCUCCUCCAAUGUAGUGUCCUGCUAGAGAAGCUGCACAAACUGAGCCAGGCUCACCUGCAGCGCAUGUUGCUGGUCCGCCACGAAGAAGCCUCGGCAAAAGUCCAGAGGGAGAUCAUCGAAUGGCGUCGCGUGGAGCUUCAUAAGAUCUUCUCUGAGGAACUGGAUGAAGCCACAAAGAUGGGCGAGUUGGACAAGACCGCUGCCAGUAGUCUUCAUCACAGUUACUUUGAGUGUCAGGAUCUUCUGGAGGAAACUCUGGAUGUGAUCCUUGCCAACUGGCGUUAUGUGCUAGCUGAACGUCAUGCACAGAGGAAAUUCUUGCUACACAGCCUGCACAGCCUCAAUAGUCUCAUUUCAGACACCUUCGCCAGCACCUCCAGCAAUUUGGACAGCAUGUUCACACACAUCAGAAGAGGGAGCACGGCAUCUGCUGAAAAGCUGACUCAGCUGCAGGAGAAAGCCCAGAAGGAUCUUGUAAUGGUGAGGCAGAGACUAGAUGACGCUUUGAGCCAAGACAGGAGAGCCAUGCGCUGCGAUCUCAUCAAGAAGCGGAGGGAGCUCAUUUCUGACAUGCUCAGGGUCCACAUGCAGAGACAGAAGGACUUGUCUGGCCUGUCUAAGAAUCAAGAUGGAAGCAUCAAAGUAGCCCAUCAUCUGCAGUGUUGGCAGGAGCUACUGACAACUUGGAGCUUGGAGCUUGCUGAGCUCAUCAAUAAUUUGGACGAGGAGGCGGCAGCUGAUAUUCGGAAGGUGACCAUGCGUGUAAUCCAGAGUUCCAUGGCAGAAGUCAAAGCCAUUCAGCCUUCCACAAUGCAGGCCCUGCUCACAAUCCUGCCGCCAAGCGUGCAGAGCUCACUGCUGCAAGUCGACCCAGAAUCCGGCCAAGGAGGGAGCGCGCUCCUGCAGGGCCAAGAGAUGCUGCACCAGGAAGGCAAAGCAGCCUUACACACGCUUAGCACGACCAGGGAGAGCCUGAACAGAGCCAUGGAGAGGGAGCUGCAAGAGCAGAAGGAGCUCAGGGCUCAUUGCAGAGAUUUCUUCAGAUGUUUGUGCUCGUCCCAAUUGACUCUCUCUGGCGAUGAGCGCCUGGCAAUGAAACUUGAAUUCCAGAAAUGUCUCUCUGUGAUGGACCGAUGCCUCAUGCUGCCCCACGCCGUGUCCAGAACAAAAGUCCACAACUGCCUGGCAACUUGGAGGGAGGACAGUGGGCAACAAAUGAUAAAGCCACAUUUCAGCGGGAAAGCGCAAGCUACAUCCGAUCUGGUUCACUUCCAGAAAAAACUUCAAGACCAGAUCCAACUGUUAGAGGAGACGGCUAGGGAGAUGGAUCACGGUGUUAUAAGUAAGGUAGAAGGGGAGAUGAGGAAGGAGAGAGAAGACUACUUGCGUUCUCAGGCCGACAGUCUGGCAAUGCAAAUGGCCGCCGUGCACUACCAAAAGGCUGACAGGAGGGCCAAAGUCUUGGAGACGUCCCGAGCACUGUACAGCCUUCACGGCCUGCUAAGUCAUCACCUUCGAGAGACCAAGAAGAAUCUGGCGAGACAAGAAAUGUCCCAAAGUAUAAAGAGGCACUGCCUGGGCCUUGAGGAAGCAGAACGUCAGCUCCAGGAAGAAAAUGGGGAGCUGGACCAGCUGGAAACAGUUCAUUGGUCAACCCAAACGCACAUAGAGGACACUGAUGCGAAAGAGCAAGCCCGUAGGCAGGAGGAGCUGUUUGGCCUGGAACUGGAGAGCCGAAUGUCAUCCAUCCUCCAGGGGGCGCUCAAUAAGUGUCAUCAAGUCAGCACAGCGUUGACGGCUAGGUUGGACAAGAUGACUGCUGGCAAUCAGACGAUGGAAGAUCUCAGAGAAAAAAUGGCGCUCAAGAGACUUUAUUCAAACUGUGACCAGGAGCUGCUUUUCGCAUCAGAACUGGUAAAACAAUGUCGGAUGCCGGUUGAGGUUCUCCUUGAGCUUCUGCGUCUCCUGGUCCCCACGAUGCCUGAGAGUGAACUUCUUUCCAUCACUGAUGCCCUCUGUCCUAAGCAGCAUCUUGGUUCCUCGUCUACGGAGCAGGAGCAUUCUGGGCCUAAUCUGCGUCUUCCUGUCAAACUGAAGGACGACCUUGUGCACAGAAGUAUGCUGAACAUGCCGCGUGUGGAAAAGGAAAGAUCUCACGGACUCCAGGAAAAGAGGCCACAUUUGAUGGAAAGACUUCUUCCCAGCUCUCGUUUGCCGCUUGCGGAAAAAGGGAAGGAGAGCUUUGCGGAGGAAAAGUUACCCGAGUAUAAAUCAGCCGUCAAUGAAAACACACUGCAGCAACACGAGGCUCCCAACCAAAGCAACAUGGAGAAAGGGAGUGAAACGCUGCACAACUCAGUAGAAGAAGAAGAAGACAUGAUUCCAACCUCUGCCAAUGUGGAAGUGAUCUGCCAGGCCAACGGGGAAAGGCUGUUUGUCUUUCGGGAGCCACCUCAAUCCCACAUUAGUAGCAACUCUACCAAGAGAAAGAGAAAAAGGAACUUCCUCAAUUUGAAGAAAGGCUGUGUGGCUCCAUCACCACAAACUUGACAUUCACAGAAUAAAUAUUAUAAUAAGCAGUCUUGGCCAAAGAUUUUGGCACUGAAUUAAAUUUGUUUCACUAACUUCGCUGCUUUAAAGGAUACGUUUAGAAUGUUUCUUAAAACAAUUUCAUAAACAGUGUAAAUAAAUAUGACAUUGGCAAUUUUAUAAAAUAAUUUUGUAUUGAAAAU